AGUUGUCCUUUAAUUUAAUCAGCUCACAACUCUCUCUCUCUCUGUGUAAAAGCCUUGUAUAAAUACGAGGUUGCUCCCCCUUCUAUCAUGGCUACAACUCCAAACCAACACCUAAAUUUGUAAUCAAAUCUUCAACCUUUUUUUCCUCAAACCAUGCCUUUUCCGACAGCCAUGAGAUCCAAGAAGACAAAGGCCGUCGGAAUUCCGACCAUAGAUCUCUCCGAAAGCAGAGCAAGAACUUCCAAAUCCAUUGUCGAGGCCUGCCAGCACUUUGGCAUCUUCAAAGUCAUCAACCAUGGAGUUUCUGACCAUGCCAUUGCUAAUCUUGAACGCCAAGCCUUUGAUUUCUUUGGCCAAACGGCGCCCGAGAAGCACCGUGCUGGCCCUGCCGCCCCCUUCGGCUAUGGCUGCAAAGCCAUCGGCCCCAACGGCGACAUCGGCGACCUCGAGUAUAUCCUUCUUCGCUCCGACCCUGCUUCCAUUGCUGAAACCUCCGCCUCCAUCUCCAACAGCCCUCUUGGUUUUAGCUAUGUUGUGAAUGAGUACGUUAAAAGUGUAAGAGAAUUAGCAUGUGAGAUUCUUGAUCUGGUGGGGGAGGGUCUAUGGUUACCAAACAAGUCUGUCUUCAGUAACCUCAUCAGAGACGUCCAAAGUGAUUCAGUUUUGAGGAUCAAUUACUACCCUGCAGCAGUCAAGCACACUGAAAAAAGUAGGGAACUUUCAUCGAAAUCCCACCUUUCAACUAACAAGGUUGGAUUUGGGGAGCAUUCUGACCCUCAGAUCUUGACCAUCUUGAGAUCGAACGAUGUCGAUGGCCUCCAAAUCUCCUUGCACGACGGGUUGUGGACACCUGUAUGUCCCGACCCGUCUGCAUUCUACGUCUUGAUUGGUGAUGCUUUUCAGGCAAUGACAAAUGAUAGAUUUGUAAGUGUGAGGCAUAGGGCAAUGGCAAACAACUCAAAGAAGGCAAGAAUGUCAAUCAUGUACUUUGGGGCACCACCAUUGAAUGCAUGGAUAGCUCCUCCAUCAGAUAUGAUGCUCCCCAAGGACCAAUCUCUAUAUAAGCCUUUCACUUGGGCUCAAUACAAGAAAGCUGCUUAUUCUCUUAGAUUAGCUGACUCUCGUCUUAAUCUCUUCAAAGCUUCUUAACAACUACUUAUAGUUUGAUUAGGCUAAUGAUCAUGUUUAUUAGGGUUUAAAAGAACACGUUCAUUUGGGUUCAAAGCCAAAUGCUUAAAG